GCAGGAAGAGAAUAAUGUUGACCGUCCUCUGGUGAAGUUGGUGCCGUGUAACACACACAUUUAGACCUGCUGAGUAGCAUGGAGCGACUGUAGCACACGUCUUGUACGUAGUCCGCAGGAGGUGCCAGCACCCCGGGGAUAAACGACCUGCAGCGAUGUCAGUAAACCGGUGUACGUAUUUGUUUUCUCGACUUCAUCGCCACAUUAGCACCCGCACUGCCCGCAUCGCUGCUGGCAACUGUCAUGUGUCUUCUGGCUCUGGUUCGGUGCACGAACAACAUCGGGCCGGUUCGGUGGUUUGCAGCAGAAAUGUUUCCUCUAACAGCUCCUGUCCAAAACCUCCGGACACCUCUCUGUUUGUCCCCAUCUCCCUGAAGACGGACUGCUCGGUGGAUGGGGGUGUGGGAGUGGAGCUGACGCAACCACUUGAUAAAAGUGAACUGCUCAAAGUUCUGAAUCGGUUUUAUAAGAAGAAGGAGAUGCAGAAGAUGGCAGCAGACCAUGGCCUGGAUGCUCGUCUGUUCCACCAGGCCUUCAUCAGCUUCAGGAAGUUUGUCCUUGAAGUAACAUCACUCCCCGCCGAUCUGCACAUCAUCCUGAGUGACAUCUGCUCUGGAGCAGGUCAUGUUGAUGACGUCUACCCGUACUUUAUGCGUCAUGCCAAGCAAAUCUUUCCUAUGCUGGACUGUAUGGAUGACCUGAGAAAGAUCUCGGACCUCAGAGUCCCUGCUAACUGGUACCCUGAGGCUCGUGCCAUCCAGAGGAAGGUGAUUUUCCAUGCUGGUCCCACUAACAGCGGUAAAACCUACCACGCCAUCCAGCGCUACCUGGCCGCUAAGUCGGGAGUCUACUGCGGCCCCCUGAAACUACUGGCCCACGAGAUCUUUGAGAAGAGCAACAAUGCCGGUGUGCCAUGUGACUUGGUUACCGGAGAGGAGAGGACCUUCAUGGACUCAGACGGUCGACCAUCUGGUCAUGUGGCCUGCACCAUUGAGAUGUGCAGUGUCACCACACCUUAUGAGGUGGCUGUAAUCGAUGAAAUUCAAAUGAUCAGAGAUCCUUCCAGAGGCUGGGCCUGGACCAGAGCGCUGCUGGGUCUGUGUGCAGAGGAGAUCCAUGUGUGUGGUGAACCUGCAGCCAUAGACUUUAUCAGAGAGCUGAUGUACACCACUGGAGAGGAGGUGGAGGUCAACACCUACCAGCGAUUGACUCCAUUCACAAUCUUGGAUCAGGCCUUGGAGACAUUAGACAACUUGAGACCAGGAGAUUGCAUCGUCUGUUUCAGUAAAAAUGACAUCUACUCGAUAAGCAGACAGAUUGAGGUCAGAGGACUGGAAUGUGCUGUUAUUUAUGGGAGUUUACCUCCAGGCACCAAGCUGUCACAGGCCAAGAAGUUCAACGACCCUGAUGACUCCUGCAAGAUACUGGUUGCUACAGAUGCUAUUGGCAUGGGCCUCAACCUGAGUAUAAGACGUAUCAUCUUCAACAGUCUGAUAAAGCCUAAUGUUAACGAGAAAGGGGAGAAACAGAUGGAGACCAUCAGCACAUCUCAAGCUCUGCAGAUAUCUGGCCGUGCAGGGAGGUUCGCCUCCAAGUUUAACGAGGGAGAAGUCACCACCAUGCACAGAGAUGAUCUGCCUGUUCUGAAGGAAAUACUCAGCCACUCUGUGGACCCCAUAGAGACUGCAGGUCUCCAUCCUACAGCAGAGCAGAUAGAGAUGUUUGCCUAUCAUCUACCUGAUGCUACACUGUCAAACCUUGUCGACAUAUUUGUCAGCCUCUCUCAGGUCGACGGUAUGUAUUUUGUCUGCAACAUUGACGACUUCAAGUUUCUGGCUGACAUGAUUCAGCAUAUCCCACUCAACCUGAGGUCACGCUACGUCUUCUGCACUGCUCCCAUCAACAAGAAACAACCUUUCGUAUGCACCUCCUUCCUAAAGUUUGCCCGUCAGUUCAGUCGAGACGAGCCCCUGACCUUUGACUGGGUCUGUCGCCAUGUCAACUGGCCACUGUCUGCACCCAAAAACAUAAAAGACCUGGUUCACUUGGAAGCUGUUCACGAUGUGUUAGAUCUGUACCUCUGGUUAAGCUACCGUUUCAUGGACAUGUUUCCAGACACAGCCUUGGUUCGGGAAACCCAGCAGGAGCUUGAUGAUAUCAUACAACAGGGCGUCCGAAACAUCACCCGUCUCAUCAGAGCCACUGACCCAGCCAUCACUGACCCACUACAGACACAAGGCAGGAGGGGUGGACAAGCAGGUGGUAAUAAUGCAAGUACCAGCGGUAAUCAUUUGACAAACAGCAGAAGUCAACGAAGAAGCGGCUCAGGAGAGCUGGACAGCUCUCUAGCUAGUCGCCUGGUGAGAGACGGGCUGUUGACUCCUGAUUUGCUCCGGCAGCUUCAGAGGGAGUGGUCUAAAGAUCAAAAGCAUGAACCCACUAAUCAGAGCGCACUUGAUACAGAACCUCACAAUAAUAACAACAAAGGGAAAAGAAAAAAGAAGAAGAAAUGAAUAAUACACACAUGAUCAACACUGGAAAAUAUCUGGAGGUUUGUUUUUAGUCCUGGAAGGAUUGUAAAAAGCUUCAAGCCUGAGCUAUGAAAAUACAACACCAACACUGAAAUGUCGUUUGAACACAAGAGCAGUGUUUGAUUAUGUUCAUUGGACAUGGACUGUGAUUUACAUCAGAGUACUGAUUCAUUACAUGUUUCCAAGUUUUUUGAUUUUACUGUGCUAAAAUCUCACAUUGUAUUCUCCCGUUUCAGUGGGAGCAUUGACUCACAGUAUCACCUUGGAAACUAAUUUAAAACUGUCAACUUUGCCCAACAACAAGAAAUUGUUGUCGGCUAUUGUGGGACGUCCUGCCUGAACUAAAUGCUCACAAUUGUAACUUACAGACUGAUUAGCAACAUUUUGGGUUACCACAAUGUUUCAGUUCAGAGUCACUCUGUGUUGUAAAUGCUGAUUUACAAGCACUGUGACCAGUAAAAGUUUCAACAUGCACUGUUGGUGUGCGUUAUGCAGGUCAGGAAUCAAUUAGCUUUCAUUUUGAUCAGUGUACUCGAAUGUAAAUCCUCAGAAAAAGUUACAUGAGUAUGUAUCCAUCUUAGUUUGGGCAACUACUGUCAGUGAAAGUCACCUAACAUGAACUGCAGUUUCUGUAAACAUUUUGAAUACAUAUAAUUGAUUGCUUCCCUGUUAGUGUCUAUAAAUGCAGACAAGAUGCCGUAUUUUUUCAUGUUUGUUUGUGUAUAUAUAAGGGGAAGAUGUUGGUCGAUUAAAA